GGUCGAGCAGAGGUGACCUCUGGGAACUGUAGUUGUAUUGUUUACGCAGUUCGUUGAAUUAUAUAAAAUAUUAAAUAAUAGCUCUCUAAUAAUUUCCUUAAGUAAAAAAUGCUCGUAAUUUAAUAUUUUAUUAUUAACUGUAUUUCUUAGACUCAGUGACUUAAACACUCAAUACCAUUUUUAUUGUCAGCUACAUCAAUUAGCACGUCAUUAUAAUCAUUAUAUCAACGAGCUUCUCGCUAACAUAACGUUAGCUAACUGAUGUCAAAAUGUCAUCAUUUGAAGCCAGUGAAGAUGGCCCAGGAGUACAGGAGAAGCCUAGGUUUUCAUUAACCAAGGCGGUGCAGGAUGUCAGUCAACACGGCUAUGCCCAGGCUGAGACCCUGAAAGACAAGCAGAAGACACUCAUCUCCCUGCAGGCAGUUCUUUCAGGGGUUGAGAAGAAGGGCGAGGUGUUAGAGCGGGACCUAAGAUCUAAAACUAGGGAAUUCCUAAUGCUGGAGGGUGAGAUGGAGCACCUGGAGCGGCAGACAAAAGUCCUGUAUCAGCGCUAUGCAUCCAUCAGCAAGGAAAUAACAGAUAUCCACAUUGGCACAAGUGAGGAGGAGGAGAACGCUUGCAUGGCACUGGCGAGAUUCAACACUUACCAAAGCAAGAUGGAGGGUCACAGAGCAGCUGUUCUGCAUGCAGCGAGCCAGACGGAGGCCCACAGAGAGCUGGAGGAGAAGAGAGUGCUUGUCCAGAUGCUGCGAGAGAAGAAAGAGGCGCUGAAGGCAGAUUUGGAUAAUCCGAACGGGAACACAGUGCAGAUGGCAAAGAGUGAGAAUGAAACUCUGAAGAGGGAGAUCUCUGUGAUGAGGGAGUCUAUAGCUGCGAAGAAAGAGCAAGUGCGACAAGAGUUUUUAACUCAUGCCCAGAUAAAGAAAGACAUAGAGAUCCAGAACAAGCGCUAUGAAGCCAUUGUGAAGCGUCUCCACUGCCAACUGAGCAGGGCCCAGGCUGUGCACAGGCAAAUGUCUGAGGAGGUUUACCACAUGGAGAGACAGCUAGCGGAGCUUAAAGGGCAGCGGGGGUCAUCUCAGGACUCAGCGCAGCGGCAAAAAUAGACAGGGUUAAUCCACGCGUGAUCCCCCGGCCUCCGAGAACAUCCUGUCCCCGCGGCGGCGAGCUUGAAGAAAACACCUUUUGUCAAUGAAACAGGAUUUGCGAAAGUGCCAUCUGGACAUGGGCUCCGUCUCCACAACAAGUCUGAUCCACGGAGGUCGAGGGGUGAGGCUGACCCCAGGGAGGAGGGAGGAGCACAGGGAGGGCAGGUGGAGUCCCUGGGAAUAGAUAUACAUUCAAUCAAAGAGCUCAUUUAAUUAGAUUCUCUAC